AUAAUGAUUUGAGUACUUUAAUGAGAUUGACAGGACGACACACUGUGGAUAUGGAUUUUGAAAAUUUAACGUACUCUGUUAGUGAUAGGAAACAAGGAAGACGAAAUAUUCUCAAAGGUGUAAGUGGAAGCUUUCGUGCUGGUGAAGUGACCGCAGUCCUUGGUCCUUCCGGAGCCGGAAAGACAACAUUGGUCAAUAUUCUUAGUGGAUUAAUUACAUCAGGAUCAACAGGAUGCAUCCGAACAAACGGAGUCGCAAGGGAAAUGAAACGUUUCCGGAAAAUGUCCAGUUACAUAAUGCAGGACGAUCUGUUACAGCCACGACUCACAGUUCGAGAAUCUAUGGAAAUAGCAGUCGAACUGAAACUUGGACAUUCAGUGGAUGAAAAAGACAAAGCGGCUGUGGUGCACGAGGUGACAUCGUCCUUGGGCUUGAAAUCUUGCAUGAACACCAGGUCUGAAAAUUUAUCGGGCGGGCAGAGGAAAAGAUUGUCCGUGGCCUUAGAGUUGGUCAGCAACCCGCCUGUUAUAUUCUUAGACGAACCAACGACUGGUUUAGACAUAGUAGCCAUCAAAAAUAUGGUGAACCUACUGCGCAUGCUGGCUGGCCAGGGCCGGACAAUUAUUUGCACCAUACAUCAGCCCACCGCUUCCCUUUUGAGCUUUUUCAACCGUCUAUAUGUGGUAGCAGACGGUUACUGUGUGUAUCAAGGAUCUCCCUCAAGAUUGGUGCCCUUUAUGAGCAAUGUUAACCUCCAAUGUCCUAUCACUCACAAUCCUGCAGAUUUCGUAAUCGAAGUUCUUCAUUUGGACAAGGAAAACAUCAAAACUAUGUCUCGAGCUAUUGCAAACGGAAAACAAUCAGAAAUUGAACAUAAUGAUAAUUCCAUUGAAGUUUCAGACAUGAUUUCAAGAUCAAAUAAAACAGAAAACUUUGAAAUAGAUUUUUAUUCGACAUUUAAUACCCAAUUUAGAGUUCUUCUCAAGAGACGAUUGAUACAGAUCUCUAGAAAUACUACGUCGCUGUGGAUCCAACUAAUCCAUCAUAUUAUAUCGGCCGUUCUAAUCGGUGGAAUAUUUUUCGAUAUCGGCCAAGAUGCUAAUAUGAUAUUUGUUAAUUUCAAAUUUUAUAUAUGUGUUAUGGUAUUUUAUCUUUACACAUACAUUAUGGUACCAGUUUUAUUAUUUCCAAUGGAAAUAAAAUUGCUCAAACGUGAAUAUUUCAAUCGUUGGUACGGUUUGAAAUCCUUUUAUGCAUCUCUAUCUGUUGCCACUUUACCAACCUUGAUACCAAUGACUGCUCUAUUUGCAGCUAUAACUUAUUUCAUGACAAACCAACCGAUAGAAGUUAGUAGAUUUGGCUGGUUCUUUGCGUUUUGUCUCCUGAUUAGCAUUUGCUCCGAAAGCAUUGGUUUGACCGUUGGAUCAAUAUUCAAAAUAACGAAUGGCUCCAUAGUUGCACCAUCGACCGUAGCACCUUUGCUAGCCCUGUGCGUCUACGGCAUGGGCUACGGACAAGCAGUGGGCCCCCUGAUGACCACGAUAAUGAACAUGUCAUUCUUAAGAUUUGCCAUCGUCGGACUAACAACAAAUGUUUACAAUGACAGACCUAUAUUAUCUUGUUCAAACAACGCUGAUUAUUGCCAUUAUCGAAACCCAAAAUUGUUUUUAAGAGACCUUGGAAUGGAGCAAAGUGUUUUCUAUGUUCAAGUCAUAGGACUAGCUUCAUUUGCAGUAUUUUUCAAAAUAAUUGCGUUUUCGGCAUUGAGAUUUAGAUUGACAACUGAAUUUUCUAAUAAGAUUUUAAAUUAUAUAGCAAAAGUACUUAGACGAAAGUAAAA